AACGGAAAAUUUGCAAUCCUUUUUGUGCUGCUUCCGAGCUCGUAGAUGAAGAGGAAACAUAAUGGUGAAAAACGACGCCGCGGAUACAGCAAAUCUAAGCGGGACCAUGGACGGAUUGGCGACGCCGGAGAAGGAGCUUGGUUACUCCUUGGGGAUUCAAGCAGACGACGCCGUCAAAGGCGUCCUCGUGGGCUUCUGUUGCGCUGUAAGCUGGGAUCGCCACUGCAAUAGUGAAUGGGACAAAAGUGGAGCUGAAGACGCCGUCAAAGGCGUCCUCGUCGCCCUCGUCGGCUGCGCAGCAAGCUGGGAACGCCGCAAUAGUGAAUGGGACAAAAGUGGAGCAGAAGACGCCGUCAAAUGCAGGCAGUGUCGUGGAGGAUGCCCCCCAUGGAUAUGCCUUCAGUGAGGAUGUACCUUGGGAGGAUGCCCCUAAUGAGGAUGCACCUUGGGAGGAUGCC